GAUGUCGACGAGUGGUGUGCGCUUCAGCUGCCACACGGUGACUUAUUAUAUAGGAGAAGGAGAAAGAGAAGGUGUGUUCCUUUUGGUCAUUUUUGUGCAGGGAAUUUAUGGUCUUUGCGUAUUCAACCACUCCUUACGUCCUAGGAAAGUAUUCGAUUCUAUAUAAGAAGUGGGGCUUGGCCUGCAACUAGUCCACGCCAUUUUCCAGUCUUGUUCACGCUGGGGACCUUUCAACACGUAGGGUCUUAAAAGUGCUUUUAACUUUUCUCACAAUUGGAUGUUGGAUGUUGGAUGUUUCCUCCUUCCUUUGAUGUUUCUAUUUUUCUAUGGGAUUCCUCUCUAGUUUCUGCAGUUGUUUCGAAAAACGACUAAAACGCGGCGGCCAUGGCGUCGGAGACGAAGAUGAUGACGACUCUUCUGAUUUGUUCUAUGACCUCCAGGCUUUGCAAAUUGCUACUAACUUCUUCUCCGACCUUAAUAAGCUUGGUCACGGAGGGUUUGGACCCGUCUACAAGGGAGUGAUGCCAAACGGUCAGGAAGUUGCUGUAAAGAAGUUAUCCAUAGAUUCAAGACAGGGAAUAAGAGAAUUCGCUAAUGAGGUGAAAGUAUUAUUGAAAAUUCAGCACAAAAAUCUGGUUGUUUUGUUGGGAUGUUGCAUAGAAGGACCUGCAAAGAUGCUUGUGUAUGAGUAUCUGCCAAAUAAAAGCCUUGACUGCUUCCUCUUCGCUAAGGAGAAGUCUCCAUCUUUGGAUUGGACGAAGAGAUUCCAAAUAGUAACUGGCAUUGCAAGAGGUCUUCUUUAUUUGCACGAAGAAGCCCCUGUAAGAAUCAUACAUAGAGACAUUAAGGCUGGUAAUAUAUUGCUGGACGAGCAAUUAAAUCCAAAGAUCUCAGACUUCGGUCUGGCUAGGCUGUUUCCGGAGGACGACACUCAUGUAAAUACAUUUAAAAUCUCUGGUACAUAUGGUUAUAUUGCUCCGGAGUAUGCAUUACAUGGCUAUUUGUCUGUGAAGGCAGACGUGUUUAGCUUCGGCGUUUUGCUAUUAGAGAUCGUGAGUGGAAGGAAAAACAGUGAUGGGAGGCUUGGUCCUCAAAAGGCAGACGUCUUAAGAUAUGCAUGGGAACUGUUUCAAGAAAGGAAGACUCUGGAGCUGGUUGAUUCCAGCCUAGAAAACUAUGAUGCUGAUGAAGCAGCAAUGUGUAUUCAGUUAGGAUUGCUGUGCUGUCAAUCUAGUGUUUCAGAUAGACCUGAUAUGAACUCUGUUAAUCUCGCGCUUUCAAGUGAUUCAUUUACUUUACCAAGACCUGGGAAACCUGCAAUUCAAGGCCGUGUAAGCAGAUGGACAACUGAUAGUUCUAGUGCCUUCACCAAAAAUACUACUGCUACUAAUGCUAGUAGUACAGUAACUGGCGCGACAAAUGCUACAACUACUACUAGAGUUUCUGAAGGCAGUAGUUUUGUGGAGGAUUUUUCUAGAAAUUCAAUCUCGUGUUCUUCUAUAAAUGAAGGUAGAUGACCUGAUUUGUACUGUAAAUUUGUAACCGAGUUUGUAGUUUACCAUUUUUUAUUUUGUAUUUACCUUAUUGUUUAGAUCACCUUUGUGUGCGUGUGUUGGCUGUGUAAAAUUUUAUUCUGAUUCAUCUCUAUAAAAUUUAAAUAUUACACAUA